UGCUGUGCGGAGGAGAGGAGAGUUUUUUGUGUGCCAGUGGGAUCUGCAUCCCAGGAAAACUGCAAUGUAAUGGCUACAAUGACUGUGACGAUUGGAGUGAUGAGGUCCAUUGCAACUGCAGUGAGGACGUAUUUCAUUGCAACACAGGAAAAUGCCUAAAUUAUACCUUCGUUUGUGAUGGAUACGAUGACUGUGGAGACCUUAGUGAUGAACAAAACUGCGAUUGUAAUCCAGUGACACAUCAUCAGUGUGGAGAUGGGAGAUGUAUAACAACUGAUUGGGUAUGUGAUGGUGACCAUGACUGUAUAGACAAAUCAGAUGAAAUCAAUUGCUCAUGUCAUAGUCAGGGUCUGGUGGAGUGCAGAAAUGGGCAGUGCAUUCCUAGUGCGUUCCAGUGUGAUGGGGAUAAUGACUGUAAAGAUGGAAGUGAUGAAGAGAACUGCAGUGAAAGUCAAACCCUCUGUCAGGAGGGAGACCAGAGAUGUUCUUCCUGUCCUGAUCCCUGUGGAACUCCUCUCUGUGAGACAAACUGCAGUCAUUGUGAACCAAUUACUCUGGAACUCUGUAUGAACUUGCCUUACAACUAUACAUAUUAUCCAAACUACUUGGGCCACAGGACACAGAAGGAAGCCUCUAUCAGCUGGGAGUCUUCUCUUUUCCCAGCCUUGGUUCAGACCAACUGCUACAAGUACCUUAUGUUUUUUGCCUGUACAAUCUUAGUACCGAAAUGUGACCCCCAUACAAAUCAGCGGAUCCCACCUUGCAGGACAUUAUGUGUACAGUCUAAGGAACGCUGUGAGUCUGUGCUUGGGAUUGUAGGUCUGCAGUGGCCAGAAGAUACUGACUGCACUCAAUUUCCAGAUGAGAACUCAGACAACCAAACUUGUCUAACACCAGAUGAAGAUGUAGAAGAAUGCUCACCCAGUCACUUCAAGUGCCGGUCUGGGAGGUGUGUCCUGGCAUCCAGAAGAUGUGAUGGUCAAGCUGAUUGUGAGGAUGAUAGUGAUGAGGACAGCUGUGGUUGUAGAGAAAGGGGUCUUUGGGAGUGUCCUUUGAAGAAGCAAUGCAUCAAACACGCCAUGAUCUGUGAUGGUUUCCCAGACUGCCCUGACAUGAUGGAUGAGAAGAAUUGCUCAUUUUGUGAAGAGAGUGAACUUGAAUGUGCCAAUCACGAAUGUGUGCCACGUGAGCUCUGGUGUGAUGGGCAAGCAGACUGCAGCGACAGCUCAGAUGAGUGGGACUGUGUUACCCUGUCUAAAAACAUGAGUUCCAAGAGGUUCCUGACCAUUCACAGGUCAGCUGCUGACAACCAUGUUUGUGCUGAUGAGUGGCAAGAAAAUUUAAGCCAACUGGCCUGCAAUCAGAUGGGUUUAGGAGGACCAUCAAAAACGGAAAUUGUAAUGGAGAGUGAUCAAAUGCAGCAUCAAAAAUGGCUGAACCUGCACUCAGACUGGAAGAAUAAAAAUGCAUCCACUUUACAUGCACUUCUGGUGAAUGGACAGAUGUGUCGAAGUGGAAGCAAAGUGGCUCUCUCUUGCACUAAAGAAGACUGUGGCCGUCGCCCAGCUGCUCGCAUGAACAAGAGGAUCCUCGGCGGCAGGACGAGUCGCCCAGGCCGAUGGCCGUGGCAAUGCUCCCUGCAGAGCGAGCCAAGUGGGCACAUCUGUGGCUGUGUUCUGAUUGCAAAGAGAUGGGUCCUGACAGUAGCACACUGCUUUGAAGGGAGAGAAAAUGCAGCUGUUUGGAAAGUAGUAUUUGGGAUUAGCAAUCUUGACCAUCCAUCAGGCUUCAUGCAGACCCGACUAGUGAAGACCAUUAUCCUCCAUCCACGCUACAACAGAGCAGUCGUAGACUAUGAUAUCAGCAUUGUGGAACUAGAUGAGGAUGUCGAGGAGACGAGCUAUGUAAGACCUGUCUGCCUGCCCAGCAAGGACCAGUUGGUUCAGCCAGAUACCUACUGCUACAUCACAGGCUGGGGACACAUGGGCAACAAAAUGCCUUUCAAGCUUCAAGAAGGAGAAGUUCGCAUCAUUUCCUUAGAGCAGUGCCAGUCCUACUUUGACAUGAAAACCAUCACCAGCAGGAUGCUGUGUGCUGGCUACGAGUCUGGCACUGUGGACUCCUGCAUGGGUGACAGUGGAGGCCCACUUGUGUGUGAGCAACCCGCAGGGCGCUGGACUUUGUUUGGUUUAACAUCUUGGGGCUCUGUCUGCUUUUCCAAGGUUUUGGGGCCUGGAGUUUACAGUAACGUGUCACAUUUUAUUGAGUGGAUCGAAAGACAAAUAUACAUCCACACCUUUCUGCUAAACUAA